AUGCCUAUCGAGGAGACCUUUUAUCUCUUCGCUCUCCUUCCCAGGAACCCCGGGGCUCGCAAGAUCGUCAAGGCCAACCCCAAGUACCGUCGAACCGUGGACGGCAACGACGCCCUGUGCUUCAAAGCUAAUCACAAAUCAAAGUUUCCGGGACGUCUCGUCUCCAUUGGCCGCCUCGCCCCUAUGAACGACGUCGUUCUGCUCGAUGAAGGUGCACAGAUGCAAUGCUCCUUCUCGCUCGUUCCGUCCGGCGAACUCCUGCUGGAAGACGCCACCACUGGUCACCACACGUACCUUGAGUGGCGCGACAAGAACGACAAGAAACGGGACCAGUACAGCCUCCAGGGUGACCCUCGCCGCCGUGUGAUCCCGCUUGCGCCCUCCGGGAGGAUCGUCUUGGAGAUUGGCACGAACAUCCGGUUCCACUUCGUCUGGCAAGUCCGGCUCGACCAAGCGUCAGUGGAGAGAAUCAGAAGCCAGCUUGCUCGGUUCGCUCAGGCCAACCUCGUUCCCGAACAGGGCAUGACGCUGGAUGUCCCCAGGGACCCUCGCUUGGCACCAACGGCGUUCGAGAAGCGGACGAAGAACACGCCAGAGGUGCCAAAGGAGUACGACGGUCAACCAUUGAGGCAGAUCCACGUCUACAAGGAACUGGGGCGAGGUGCCUUUGGCGUCGUCUACAAGGCCGUUGACCUGGCCACCGGCCGCUUGUGGGCCGUGAAGGAGUGCAAGCCGGGCAACAUCCUCUACAGCGGCAGCCACGACAGGCCCAAAUCCUUCUGCAUCUCCGACCUGGGCCUGGGCGUCUCGGAAUGGUCGGUCGACCGGCACCGCAUCGCCGGCACGGUGGUGUACAUGGCGCCCGAGACGUCGCGCCGCGGCCGCACCAGCGCGGCCAGCGACGUGUACUCGUUCGGCAUCGUGCUGCUGGAGCUGCUGGGCAUCUACUGCCACAGGGAGGGCGAGCCGGAGCGGUACUCGGUCUCGGCCUGGCGGCGCAAGCUGCGCCUCCUCGGGGCGGCCGCGCGCGACGCCGAGCGCUACACCGACAAGCCGGCCAGCCGCGACGACGAGGUCCCGGAGGUCCAGGUGGCGCACUCGCGCCUCAAGUCGCUCGUCGACUGCCGCGCCGUGCCGCGCGCGCUGGCUGCCGUGCUGGAGGAGAACCCGGGCCGGCGCGCGUCGGCGGCCGAUGCGCGGCAACCGCUCAAGACCACGUACAGCGGGGCGGCACCUGCACUGGCCGGCCGUCCCAGAGAAGCGGAUCGUGCGCGCGAGCGUGACGUUGCUCCGUUUGCGCCCCCUGCACUGCGGCGUCGUCAUACCGGGGGCAUGACGGUGCGGACUGAUAUGACGGGACGGACGGGCAUCACGCGCCUGACCGGCAUGACGGGUCGGCCUCGCGUGGUCCGGUUUGAUCUCCCGAUCCGGGCGAGAUGA